AACUAUAUUUAGAAAUUUAAGGUUAGUGCCAGUCAAUACGAGUCGUAAUGCCUUUUCUGUUGCCUUCAGAGAUAUAUUACUCGAAACGUUCCAUUUCAAAUCAGUAUGGGUCAUUUUGGAACAAAGUACCAAUUGGAAAAUAUUUGGAUGACCUUUGUUUUGACAGGCGGAAUAUUUCUGAUAUGCCGCAGUUACAAGUUCGGAGGCCACUAGGGCAGAUGUUCGGCAGAUGGGUUGCGGAUGACAACGAAACGCUAUGGAUAUAUAGACAAUUAGAAAAGAAUGGAUAUUGUUUGCAGAUUCAAACAGAAGAGGUCGGCAGCUUCAUGUCGUGGUUAUCUUUAUCCCCUACAAAAUUAACCGGUACUAUCUUUGCUGAAGUUGAAGGAGAGCCAGGCGGGAAGAUGUGCAAGACACAGAAUAAUUCCUUUGACACCUUUAGCAAAAUACACUCAUCGGCAUAUGAAUAUUUUUUCGGGUUUAUGUACCUGUUUUGUUGUUUCAUUUUUCUUUGCUGGGUCAUACGUUGAGGAACUGGUUUUAAAGGAUUGUUUUAACUAUUAUAGAGUUUUCGUGAUAUAGAGACGCUUUUUCUUGAAGAAAUUGCUAGGAUAACAUUCAACAUUUAGUUGUAAAAGACAAUUUCUCCCUACUGCGAUGAUAAAUGGAUGAAGGUUUAUGGAUUUUUCUCCAAAAGUAAAACAUCUAUAUAUACUAAUGAAAUAGGGUUUAUCUUUGUUUUCCUAGGACUCGAGUCACUAUGUACUAGUAUUUACAAACUUUACAAUAAAUUGUUUAUGUACUUAUUCCACACACAAUUAUGUUAUACAUAAUAACAUAGCCAAAUAAAUUUGCGUUUAUUAGUGAUGAAUCGUG